CGUAGGUGCGGAUAUUUAUAGGAACCAACGAUCGAAGCGCUCGCUCGAGGCUGUGUCAGAGUGUCAGUACCGGUCUUACCGCGAGUGAAGGCAUCGUCAUGGAGGAGGUGAGCGCCGAGGCCGCGGCCAUGGCGAGCGGCGUCGGGCCGGAGGGCGCGACGAUGAAGGUGGUGGCCGCGGUGGACGCGAGCGAGGAGAGCCUGCACGCGCUGUCGUGGGCGCUCGACAACGUCGUCCGGCCCCACCCCGGCGCGUCCCUCGUCGUCGUCCACGUCCAGCCGCGCGCCGACCACUUCGCCUACCCUGUCGCCGGGCACGGCCUACAGUACGUCCCGCCCACGGCGGUGGACUCCGUGAGGAAGACGCACGAGGAGAACUCCCGGCGAGUCGUGUCCGUCGCGCUCGACGUGUGCAGGCAGAAGCAGGUGAGCGCCACGGCGGCGGUGGUGGAGGGCGACGCCAAGGAGGCCAUCUGCCGCGCCGUGGAGGACAUGCACGCCGACCUCCUCGUCCUCGGCAGCCGCGGCCUGGGCAUGAUCAAGAGGGCGUUGCUGGGCAGCGUGAGCGACUACCUCGCCCAUCACGCCUCCUGCCCCGUUCUCAUCGUGAAGCCGCCCAACAAGGCGCACCACAAGUGAAGCUCCAACUCUGCUGCCACUGUCGACUGAAUGUCUCGAGUGCCUCGUGCUUCCAAUAAAGAUGUGAUCGAGCUCAUGUGCAGUACUCUAUGAACAUCCUAGAAUGUAGGGAAUAAACUGUUGUUUGGCCGCAAGCACUUGCUGAAAUUUUUAAUCUUGGUUAGUGCAGUUGUUCCGAUGCAUUACAUUGCCAUGGACGUAGUGUUCUUUCUUCCCUGAAGUACAGAGUGCGGUG